AUGCCGUACGCUAAAGAACUGACUGACAAUACAACUGGUCAGAGUUACACCAACGCUCUUUCAAUCGGAGUUCGGCAGGCAAUACGCAACGGCAAACAGCAAGGUCAGCUGCUUGAAGAUAUUGGUGCCGUAACUGAAUAUAUUGUACGACCCCGUUUGACGGAUUUAUUGCCUGGAUCCACUGAAGAUUCACAAUUUGACCGUAUUGCCGAUCAACUCAAAACACUGGGUGUCAGAACUGGACUGAACAAUCUUUACUUUGUUUGCGAGUCCAUCGAUUAUAACACCACUAGCAGUGACGUAACCAUUGAUGUACAAGUCAAGGGAAUCAAUCAACUGUCAGUUAUUGAUGACACUGGCAAAUCACUUUCAGUUGCCAAGUUUAAAAGCAACAUAAAAAGUCAACACUCGUUCAAACUGGCAUCUGUAAUCAACGAUCUUGGUAAUACUCGGGUCAGUAUCAUUGGCCAAAACAACGGCAAACAGGUUCUCAAAACACAUAAGCAUAUCAGUCGCAUUCCACAACAACAAGAUCGUGUUAAACUUGAACAUGGUGUCAAAUGGGUGUUUAAUGGUACCAGUAAAUCGGUUGGAGUAUACAACUCGCCAUCUACCAAAAAGUCACAGGGAUGGAACUCGGUCAAUGGUAAAUGGGUUGUUGGUGACGGAAUACAAUACAGUCCUGGAAUAGUCACUGAGAUCCGAUCAUACUAUACUGCACCAGUUGGAUCCAACAUCACUAUUGAAAUUGAUGCCGCACUUGAAUCGCAAAUGUAUGGCGACUUUUUAAGCUUGUAUAUCACAGAUGCGGAUAACAAUGUGGAAUCACUUUUGAAUACGGUUGAUCCGUAUACUAAUAUGCCUACAGAAGGUGUAUCCGGAGUCAAGACGGUUGCAGAAAAGGCCGGUGUGUCAAUCAUACAGGGAUCAUUUGCACACCGCAUUGUGAUAUACUUUGAAAACCCUUUAUCUUCGGCGCUCCCUUCCACAGAUAUUGUGAUAACUGCGAUAGUCAAGUACACAGGAGUUACACCAACGCUCUUUCAAUCGGAGUUCGACAGGCAAUACGCAAUCGGCAAACAGCAAGGUCAGCUGCUUGAAGAUAUUGGUGCCGUAACCGAAUACAUUGUACGACCCCGUUUGGCGGAUUUAUUGCCUGGAUCCACUGAAGAUUCACAAUUUGACCGUAUUGCCGAUCAACUCAAAACACUGGGUGUCAGAACUGGACUGAACAAUCUUUACUUUGUUUGCGAGUCCAUCGAUUAUAACACCACUAGCAGUGACGUAACCAUUGAUGUACAAGUCAAGGGAAUCAAUCAACUGUCAGUUAUUGAUGACACUGGCAAAUCACUUUCAGUUGCCAAGUUUAAAAGCAACAUAAAAAGUCAACACUCGUUCAAACUGGCAUCUGUAAUCAACGAUCUUGGUAAUACUCGGGUCAGUAUCAUUGGCCAAAACAACGGCAAACAGGUUCUCAAAACACAUAAGCAUAUCAGUCGCAUUCCACAACAACAAGAUCGUGUUAAACUUGAACAUGGUGUCAAAUGGGUGUUUAAUGGUACCAGUAAAUCGGUUGGAAUAUACAACUCGCCAUCUACCAAAAAGUCACAGGGAUGGAACUCGGUCAAUGGUAAAUGGGUUGUUGGUGACGGAAUACAAUACAGUCCUGCAAUAGUCACUGAGAUCCGAUCAUACUAUACUGCACCAGUUGGAUCCAACAUCACUAUUGAAAUUGAUGCCGCACUUGAAUCACAAAUGUAUGGCGACUUUUUAAGCUUGUAUAUCACAGAUGCGGAUAACAAUGUGGAAUCACUUUUGAAUACGGUUGAUCCGUAUACUAAUAUGCCUACAGAAGGUGUAUCCGGAGUCAAGACGGUUGCAGAAAAGUAUGCAGUGACAACCAAGACGGAACAGUUUUUUGUCAACAUCAUAUUCAAUUCAGACCUUGCUGUGCAGAUGAAAGGAGCAACAAUCAAUUAUUGGAGUGUUACCAUGAAUUGA